AUGGCGCAGGGGCGGCUGAGCAGCAGGCACCUGCUCCAGCUCCCACUCCUAGCCUCUUCCCACCUGAAGAGAUCUAAGCCGGAGCUUGUUUCAUGGUGGAGUGCUCAGCCAGUGGGCCCGGAUGAAGUUACAAGGACUAUUACUGAUGGGAAACAGAUUGUCAGGGCCUUUUCCCAUGGUUCUCACAAGUAUCACAACCCUGACUCACCUUUUACUUUCCAAGUUCUGACUGGUAAAUUAAUUUGCAGGGACAUUGAAGGCAAUGGUUUCUAUGGGCCAAUCCCUCCUGAAAUUGGACAUCUUACUCAUCUGGAGAGGCUGCAAAUCGAAGGAUCUUUGUUGGAAGGCCCUAUUCCCCCCAGCCUAUCUAAAUUGACAAACCUUCAUGAUCUGAGGAUUAGUGAUCUGAGAGGUAGUGGUUCACCUUUCCCUGAUUUAAGUGGAAUGUCAUCCUUGAACAAAUUGGAUCUGAGCUUUAAUAAAUUGAGUGGACAAAUACCAGCUUCUUUUGCUAACAUGGGAAGGGUUGAUUACAUAUAUCUAACUGCAAACUCACUCACUGGAGACAUACCUGGAUGGUUAUUAAGAAGAAACAAAAUGGUAAGUAGUGUUCAGUCAUGCUUGAAGAGGAAUUUCCCAUGUGUUGCUUCGAAUGGACAAUAUCGAUCUUCAUUGCAUAUCAAUUGUGGUGACAAAGAAGCAACUAUUAAUGGAGUUAAAUACGAAGCUGACACAACGCCAAAAGGUGCUUCAUUGCUGUAUAUAAGCCCAGGUUCAAAUUGGGCAUUCAGCAGCACUGGUAACUUCAUGGACGACAACAUCACGGAUGACAGCUACAUUGCAACAAGCACAUCAAAAUUGGACAUGCCCUAUUCAGAGUUGUACACCAAAGCCCGUCUUUCUCCUCUUUCCCUCACAUAUUAUGGGCUUUGUAUGUUCAGUGGGAGCUACACAGUUAAACUCCACUUUGCUGAAAUUGUGUUCACCAAUGACAGCACAUUUUGUAGCCUUGGCAAAAGAAGAUUCAAUGUGUUCAUACAGUUGUAUUGGGCAGGAAGAGGGACAACAGGCAUUCCAUAUAGAGGUUCUUAUGGCCCACUGAUAUCUGCAAUAUCAAUAACACCAAAUCUCCAAGCCCUUGACCUGCAAACUGGCUCCUUCACCUUGCGACAAAUCAAAGUGGCAACUAGGAACUUUGACCUGGCUAACAAGAUUGGUGAAGGUGGUUUUGGUUCAGUUUACAAGGGUUUAUUGUCCGAUGGCACCGUCAUUGCUGUCAAGCAGUUAUCAGCAAGGUCUAAACAAGGGAAUCGAGAAUUCGUGAAUGAGAUAGGGAUGACAUCUUCACUACAGCAUCCAAACCUUGUCAAACUCUAUGGCUGCUGUACAGAACGAAACCAGUUGUUGUUAGUUUAUGCGUAUCUGGAAAAUAAUUGCCUUGCACGAGCUGUUUUUGUUGAUCAAUACAGACUCAGAUUGGAUAGGGCAACAAGACAUAGGAUUUGCCUUGGGAUAGCAAAAGGUCUAGCAUAUCUACAUGAGGAGUCCACAAUAAGGAUCGUACACCGCGAUAUCAAGGCCAGCAAUAUAUUGCUUGACAAAAAUUUGAAUGCCAAGAUCUCAGAUUUUGGGCUAGCAAAGCUUAAUGAAGAUGAUCACACCCACAUAAGCACAAAAGUAGCUGGAACCAUCGGAUACAUGGCUCCUGAGUAUGCUAUGCGUGGUUAUUUGACAGAUAAAGCUGAUGUAUACAGUUUUGGUGUUGUUGCUUUGGAAAUUGUCAGUGGAAAAAGUAACACAAACUACAGGCCAACGGAAGAUUUUGUUCAUCUUCUAGAUUGGGCUUGUGUUCUGCAUGUGAGAGGAGCUCUCCUGGAAUUGGUAGAUCCAGACCUAGGAUCGAAUUACUCAACAGAAGAGGCACUCAUCAUGCUAAAUGUUGCCUUGCUAUGCACAACCGCAGCACCUAAACUGAGACCAAAGAUGUCAAAAGUUGUUAGCCUGCUUGAGGGCCACACGCCUCUUCAGCCCUUGCUGUCAGAUCUCAGUCUUGCUCAGAAUUGCCUGAGCACAGGUGGUUUAUGGAGGAACCUCUGGCAAAAACUAAGUGAGCGUCAGAGACUGACAGAACAAGCUUUCUGCAAUUACACUAAUGAAUCAUCAACCAUAGAUAUAAAUAAUGACCUGAGACCAUUGGUGAGUCAGAUGUAG